CCUGGCAACAAAUUAGGGCUUGCAUUUACUACCGACUCACUGUACCACUUAGUUUGUGGUGGAUUCCUAUAUAUUUUUUAUCCAGUGCUCUUUAGAAACAAGUUACACCUUAGAAUUUUUUCCAGUUUUAUUGAGAUAUAAGUGACAUAUGGCAGUGUAUAAAUUCAAGGGAUACAGCAUAAUGAUUUGACUAACAUGUGUUGUGGAAUAAUAUAGGAAUGAAGGUAUACCUUGUUUUACCCAGUAAAUGAAUUAUUUAAAAGGAAGCAUGUAAAUGGAAUUACUGAACAAUGAAUCUUUUUCAGCUUAGUCAUUUUCAAGGUGCUUUGUUUUUCCUUAUAAUUCAUAUUUAUUCAGGUUCAUUCUUUCAAUUAGCUUUGUUUCCCAUGGCAAGUAGCUCCCUGUGUCUGCAAAUACUUGUUCAGGUAAGUAAACAUUCGUUGCAACAAACAGAUUCACAUGUACCCUCCUUUAGAGCCUUGUCCACCGACUAACUAAAUCUCUCUCCAUAAAUCUCACCAGCUCCUGUUCUUACGUGAGACUGCAGUUAGGCAUUGCGGUCUGUCUGAAGGUGUCCGGCCGUAAGAAAUCCCACCUUUGGUUUAAUUCUCACAGGAAUAUCUUCAUUUCUUCCCAUGCUCCUUCUUGUCCGCAUCUAAAACCAUAAACUGUUCAAAAGUGAAAGCACUGUUUUUUUUGAAGAAUGACUUUGUUGGAGGUCAGUUUCUCCAAGUAUGGCCCCCACUCUUCUCCAGGCUACCAUGGAUGGGGGGCGGUCCUUGCUGAGGGGUGGACUCUGGGUACCAGCGGUUCUGACAUCGGCUGUGGAGACCGGUCAGGCUCCAGAGCGUUGCCUUGCCCUUGCGGGACCGCAUCCCUCCUGCUUCGUCUCCUGCUCUGUGGGGGCUGCUCCUCAAUCUGUGUGGAAAGCCGUCUGCAGAGUCUGCAGUAAAGUGCAUGCUUUGAAAGUCACUGUAAGAAAUAGGCUGUGUGACCCAGCCACCACCUCCUAGGUGGGAACACUGCACUUCAGCCCUAGUUCCCAAAAGAGAAGCAAUAAGACAACUAACAAAAGAAGAGAUUGCAUAUUUGGCAGCUUAGUAGGUUCUGAAGGUACCUGUUACGUGAAAUCAUCCGGUGAUAAGAUGUAACUGAAGCAGUGACCUUGCUGAGAGAGCGGUGACCUUCCUGGACACAGGACCAAUGCUUGUAAGAUGACACAACUGAGGCCCCAGCCCUUAAAUAUCUUGUCCAGGUGGCACGUGGGAAUUCGUCUUGACCUGGACUGUUAAGCUUGCAGGAUACUGCCUGAGUGAAGGCUGAUUUGAAAAGAGAGGAGUUCCUGCCUUUGAGGAGCUUUCCAUCCAAUAUAAAUGGUACAAUUCCUUUGGGACACAUCUCCCCCAAGGCAUGUGAAUGUGUUCUUGCCCACCUCUCCAGCGGCAGCUCUUGGCGGUUCCUAUUUUCUGAGCUCUAUCUGAGGUCCUCUCUUGUGACUUGUCCCACCGACCACAUCCAACUUCCUUGUAAUUAGGAGUGACUCCAAAUUGGAAACAGGUUCUCCUCCAGUGUUUGUAUCUUUGGCAUCUGUGUCUGCUGGAUUGAUGGACCAUGUCCCUCCAGCCCAUGUGCAGCCUAUGCAUGCGGCUAUCAGCUGCAAAGGUCAACACAGUAUAUCGUACACUCUGUCAAGGAAUCAGACUGUGGUGGUGGAGUACACGCAUGAUAAGGAUACGGAUAUGUUUCAGGUGGGCAGAUCAACAGAAAGCCCUAUCGACUUCGUUGUUACAGACACAAUUUCUGGCAGUCAGAACAACGAUGAGGCCCAGAUUACACAAAGUACCAUCUCCCGGUUUGCCUGCAGGAUUGUCUGCGACAGGAAUGAACCUUACACCGCACGGAUAUUCGCAGCCGGAUUUGACUCUUCCAAAAACAUAUUUCUUGGAGAAAAGGCAGCGAAAUGGAAAAACCCCGACGGCCACAUGGAUGGGCUCACUACUAAUGGCGUUCUCGUGAUGCAUCCCCGAGGGGGCUUCACUGAGGAGUCCCAGCCUGGGGUCUGGCGAGAAAUCUCAGUCUGUGGAGACGUGUACACCCUGCGAGAAACCAGGUCAGCCCAGCAAAGAGGAAAGCUGGUGGAAAGCGAGACCAACGUCCUGCAGGACGGCUCCCUCAUCGACCUGUGCGGCGCCACGCUCCUCUGGAGGACGGCGGACGGCCUGUUCCACACCCCGACGCAGAAGCACAUCGAAGCCCUGCGCCAGGAGAUCAACGCCGCGCGGCCGCAGUGCCCCGUGGGGCUCAACACCUUGGCCUUCCCCAGCAUCAACAGGAAGGACGUGGUGGAGGAGAAGCAGCCCUGGGCCUACCUCAGCUGCGGCCACGUGCACGGCUACCACAACUGGGGCCACCGGAGCGACACGGAGGCCAACGAGCGCGAGUGUCCCAUGUGCAGGACUGUGGGCCCCUACGUGCCGCUCUGGCUCGGCUGCGAGGCGGGCUUCUACGUGGACGCCGGGCCCCCCACGCACGCUUUCACCCCCUGCGGACACGUGUGCUCCGAGAAGUCCGCCAAAUACUGGUCCCAGAUUCCCCUGCCUCACGGGACUCACGCGUUCCACGCCGCCUGCCCGUUCUGCGCCACGCAGCUGGUCGGGGAGCAGAACUGCAUCAAGUUGAUUUUCCAGGGUCCCGUGGACUGAUGGCCCCGACAGCCGUGUGCGACUUUAUUAACAAGUUACUGUGAAGAUUUUGCCACUAACUCUAGAUUUUACCUUUUUAUAAUGCUGUUUAUUAAGGGGAGGGGGGACCUGACGCUGGGGGGGGGGGCGGGGGAGGGCACGAAGGGGGAGGGGUGUCACGGCGCUGAGACAUGCCCGGAAUUUAAGACCGCAGUGGCGUGGUGCAUGCUCUGAACCGCGGCAUUGUCAUCGAAGUAUGCUUGAUGCAAACAUCCUAUCUUUGUACUAAUUGGAUUAAAAAGGCCAUGCUUUUAUUUUAACCUUGGGUUUUUAAACGAGGUUUUCCUUUGUAAACUUGGACGAGACUUGAAAUCCUAUUUUACAAAUGCAGACGAAAUUCAUUCAAAAGGCAUUGGCUCUCCUCGUAGGCCCUUGCGUGCUGCGUGGCCUGGGUGGGGACCGGGAGCCUUGACCGAAGCUGGGAGCUGAGUGGCGCCCACUCCGCCGCUGGGUACAAUGGGGUGACGGACGACAAGGAGGCCUUAGGCGCGGAGGCCUUGUUCUGAAAGCUGGGGUUUUCGGAUUUUUCUCUUUUUUGGGGGGAAGAGAACAUCCCUCUGCUGCCAUGUUUUGUUUUUACUUUGGUGGAAUUCAGUGGCUUUAUCUACGCAGUCAUCUGAGAACUUGGCAUUUCAAAGAAAUUUCCAUAAUUUUUUAUUCCACCUUUGGUUUUGUCCUUGAUAACGCCUCGUGCAUGGCCAGAACGGUUUGGUUAAUUAAAAUGCAGCAACUCUUAAAAAUUCCAUAAUCAAGGGGGAUUAUUGCAGCAGUCAGUAUGGCCUAGGUUACUAUACCAUCAAGUUUCUUUGCUUACUGGAUUGUUUAGGAUUUAGGAUUAAAAAUAAGGUUUUACCUUUUAAGAAACCACUUGUUGGGGUUUCCUAAGUGUUUGUCCCUGAAGGCGGCCAAAAUUCUGGGAGCCUCGAAGCAACAGCUCACAAGGAUCAGGCGUUUUGGUUCGCUCGCUCCCUGCCAUCUGUCACCUUCUCCUGCAGCGUACGGAGCCCUGUAAGUCUAGAAAAUGUUUGCAAAUCAAACUAAAUUUAAAUGGGAUCAUUAGAUAUACACAACACCAAGUGCUACAUCUGCAGAGAUAAUUUGAAAUUCCUGAUUUCAAGAGAGCAAAUGAGUGUUUACUGAGGAAUAAUUAAAUCAGAAUUUCAUAUGAGCGCCACCAUCCUUCUGUUAGUUCUGUUCAUUUUGAGUGAUUCUGUGAUGCUCGUUCUCCGUCCUCGGUACAGAUAGUGUCCCUGCUGCCAGAAUGUAAAGAUUUCUAGGCCAGGAGACAGGCGCAGCGCAGCUCAUAGACUUGAAGCAGAGCAGAGCCCUGCCACAUGCAGCAAGUUUUAUUUAAACUAACAUCCAUGCUGCAUUUUAACCUUUUAAGAGUAUAGAAUUUAUAGGAUUUUCACAUACUGUGUUCAUACUUGAAUAUCUUUCCAUGCUUUGCCCCCUGGGAAAUAUGUUGCCCUGUUUUCAGUUGUUCUAACCCAUGGUAAAGGUCUUUCUUCCUGAAAGUGAUUAGAUUACCCUUGAUUGCUGCUACUUAUUUGACCUAAUGUCUAAAAAGUUCAGCUCAGUUUAAAAAAAAAAAAAAAAAGCUUUACUUUUCAGAGGAGAUUAUCAUUGAGGAGAUUUUUUUGUUUUGGUAAUUUUUAAGUGAUGUGAAAAUCCAGCAACAGUCCUCUUCUGGAUAGCUUACUCUAUUCUGUAGGUAAUUUCAUUUUCUUUUUGUCUGCAGGGAGAGUAAGUUGUAAUGUAUCAAAUGCCGUUUUAGGUAGUCUCUGUCCCCAAGGAUUAGCUUUCACUUAGCGUGUCUUUUCAGUUUGUGCUCCUUUGGGCUCCACAAAAUGACAGAAGCGGCAACAGUCCCUUUGCUUGCUGUAUGGCUAGAAGGUGACUGGAGGAGUCUCGAUACCCUAAAAGCAUCUUGUAUGGUAAACGGCCUUGCCUCUAAGCAGGGCUGGAUUUUCCCCAUCAGAAACAUUUCUGGAAGUUACAAUCUGCUAUAAUCUCCCAUUUCAAGGACUGUUAUAGUUCAGGGUCUAGCAGGUUGACGUGCAACGAACACAUGGCCCCAAAUAACUUUCCAACGUGAGAUGUUUGUUGUUGUUUACUUCUGGUAAAUGGAGAUAACAAAGUAAAAGAUGAACUUGCAGUAAUAAAUUCCAAGCUCUUUGAAGGGGAGUAACAGUACACUGCCCCCCGUCCACAUUGCGUCUCCUGUGACCUCCAAGUAAGGUCCCCUUGCCCUCUGGGGAAGGAACAGCAGAGAGGAGCAAGACUGCAGAAAGAUGCCAGGCUCCUCUUGGCCGCUUCUAAUAAGAGUCACUUAGAAUUUGACCCAAGGAGUUUCCUCCCAGGUGGAGAGCAGUUCAGUUUGUGAGAAUAAAGAGCUCCAGCUCGACGGAGAAAUGCAAUUUAGAAAAAGUAACUUCUCCAAGGUUACCUCUGUUUUCAUCUUGCUUGCUACGUUAAAGGGUGAGUCCUGCUCUCCCAGGUGUCCACAUAGGAAACUGCCGAUCGAUUAUUGUGAUCUUGGCCUGACCAAAAUGCCUUUGGUGACUAGGUCACCAGAAGUUUAAAAAAAAAAAAAAACAAAAACACCCAGUGAUGUAUUCCUGUAGUUAACUUUUUCCGUUGUCAGUUUACUAUUUUAAAAGAAAAAAGGGUGGAUGGGAUACAAUUCUGAAUAUUUUUCUAGUCCGGAAUUUUUUUAAAUUAAUAAUCGGUGCUGUCGGGUCAUGCAUGCUGCAACUCAGUAUUUCCCUUAUUUGAUUUCGCUUUUUGCAAAAAGGGCUAUAGUUCACAUGGCAGAGUAAAUAUUAAACUUUCUGGGGUUCCCUCCCCCUACCUGUGGCCCAAAAGAAUUAAAAUCUUUUAAUAUAAAUAGCAUAUUUAUCAUUCCUCAAUAGUUAAUUAUAGAGUUUGGUACCUUUGUGCCUCAGGGAAGCCACGUGAUAUAACUGGUUAUAGAAUUUCAGGGUUAGGGUUUAAAGAAAGGAGAAAGCCAUUGGAAAAAUGAUGGGCUCCAUGAAGGAGGCUAAUGAAUCUGGAUGCAGAAAUAUGCCAGGAACUGGCAUACACAUGAUUGUAAUAGAAUUCCUUUCCAGUAUCAAUAGGGAAAGCUUAAGUUAAUUGCAUAUACUGUAUUAGGAAAGUUGAGAACUCUUCCUAAAGCUUCAAUUGCUUUAUUUUUGCUUACAUAAAAUUCAAACACCUGUGUGGUGGGAGCUCAGUAUUGUGAUUUGGGCACUUUUGAAAGUUAAAGCGAGCAUAUUUUCUCCUUUUGUCAUAGGUUUCACAAUUGUUACCUGCGGUCUAGGAUUUUGAUCAACUUUUUAGCCAUUCUGUGCUUUGGAUCCGUGUGAAAGGAUGUGUGAUCACGGCAUUGUUCAUGCUGGCUACAAGCUGGUUAUUUUCAUGCAAUUUUGCCUUGUAACAGUGGAAUUUCUGAUAGGCAAACCACAGAACCUUGAUUUUAAGCCAGAUCCAUCUCCAUUCCCUUGGCAGGCGAUCUUCUAGCCCCUAGUUUAGCCUUCAUGGGCUGAGGGUAUGAAGUUCUUUCUCCAGGGCUGGAAAUAGAGCGGAGCUCUGUUAUCGUUUCUUAAUGACCCAAAGGCCAACGAGACAACUCCAGGAUUUUUUUUUUUUUAUAGAAGAAUGUAAGCAGCGCUAAAGUAGUAAAAGAAGGUUCAGUGUUUCUUUUCAGUAAAACUUAUAUCCUCUCAAGUUUUCGCCCUCAUGAAGAAGCCCUAGAGGAAGAUAGGACAAAGCAAAUAUUUUUCCAGGUGUACUUAACUGUUUCUAAACAGAAAUAAACUUGAUGAAAGGGAAAUUAUUUCUUUUUAGCUGAGAUGACCGAUUGUUUCUCUGUAUUAAAUAGUCUAGAAGUUAAGGGGUGGUCAUAUUUACCAUGUAUAGUGUUAUGAGCAGUUAAAUAUUACGGAUAUAUUUGUAAAACUCUUCUUUUAUAUUUCAUGUCAAAUUGAAAAGUUUAUUUCUUCACUAUUGUACCUGUGGAAAUACAAGCCAUUUUACAGGAAAAAAAAAUCUUUGAAAAUUAUUAAACGAAUCUCAGUA